AUGGCAUCACGACAAAAGCCGGCAGCAGACGUCCCUCCGCAGGGGUUGGAGGAGGAAGAAGCUGUGAGCGGCGCAGGAGAGGGGGACGAAAUCAUGGAGGAACCCGAUGAACAAGAAGAUGGCUACACUUCGUCCACCCCGACGUCUACACUGACUUGGAUCAGCUGGUUCUGUUCCUUGCCAGGACACGAAUAUUUUUGUGAAGUGACAGAAGAGUUCAUCGAGGACGACUUCAACCUCACAGGCCUAAACACGAUGGUGCCGUUCUGGAAGGAAGCGAUGGAGAUGGUCUUGGACGUUGAACCAGGUGUGGGUUCUGAAUCAUGUCUCCAACUAUCGUGCUUAUUCCCUCACUGA